AUGUCCCUUCCGCUUCGCAAAAUUGGAACCACGCCGGUGACCGCCAUCGGUUACGGAGCUAUGGGAAUAUCUGCCUUCUACGGAAAGGCGCUGCCUGACGAAGAACGCUUAAAGAUUCUUGAUGCCGUGUACGAGAACGGUUGCACCAUGUGGGAUACCGCCAAUAUAUACGAUGACAGCGAGGUGCUCAUCGGAAAAUGGUUCAAACGCACUGGCAAGCGGAACGAGAUUUUCCUCGCGACCAAGUUCGGAAUUUUCAACUCCGGCGGCAGAGCUAUCAACGGUGAUCCGGAGUAUGUCCACCAGGCAUUCGAAAUAUCGCUGAAGCGGCUUGGUGUUGACAAGGUCGAGCUCUACUAUCUGCAUCGUCCAGACUCCACUGUCCCGAUCGAGCGCACCGUUGGUGCCAUGGCCGAGCUCGUAAAAGCCGGCAAAGUGAAGUACCUCGGUCUCUCCGAGUGCUCCGCCGAAACGCUGCGCCGCGCACACGCGGUGCACCCGAUCUCCGCACUUCAAGUGGAGUACUCGCCGUUCACGCUGGACAUCGAGGACGAGAAGAUUGGUCUGCUAAAGACGGCGCGUGAGCUAGGCGUCACCAUCAUCGCGUACUCGCCACUCGGCCGUGGCCUUAUCACGGGCAAAUACCGGUCCCCCGACGACUUCGAUGAGGACGACUUCCGGCUUACGGUGCCGCGAUACUCGAAGGAGAACUUCCCCAACAUCCUCAAACUCGCGGAUGGCCUCAAGAGGAUCGGGGAUCGCCACGGCGCGACGGCUGGCCAAGUCUCGCUCGCGUGGCUCCUCGCGCAGGGCCCCGACGUCAUCCCCAUCCCUGGAACUACCAAGAUUCCCUCACUGAAGGAGAAUUUGGGCGCGGCGAAGCUUACGCUGACGCCGGAGGAGAUCCAGGAGGUGCGGGAGAUCGCAAAGGCAGCAGAUGCAUCGAACGGCCCUCGUUACCCUGGCGGUAUGGAGUCCCUCUUGUUUGCUGACACCCCGCCGUUGUAA